AUGGUUGAUGCGCAUAGAAAAUCAAGUUUUCUGAUGGAGCUGGUAGAGGAGCCUUCUUUCUUUAAGAUAUUGAUCAAUGAUUUCUCUAUUCGCUUGCAAAUCCCACCAGCUUUAACAAGCAUGUUCGGUCAAGACGUGCCAAAUAAAACUAUAGUACUUGAGACUUAUUUAGGCAAAUCUGGAGAAGUCAAAUUAGAAAAGCUUGGAAGCAGAUUCUAUUUCAACAAUGGAUGGAGUGACUUUGUGAAAGCUAAUAAUUUGGAGCAAGGAGAUCUUUUGCUCUUCAAAUAUUUCGCAGAUGAUCCAAAAUUCAAGGUUACAAUCUAUGGAAAAACAUGCUGUGGUCAUGUGGGAAAGUCAACGUGCAAACAGCAGACUCAAGAUCAGAAAACAACUAAAUUCAAAAAGAGUAGAGUAUUGAAGUACAGGAGAUUGCUUCCUGAUAAGAACCAAAUAAAAUUCACUUCUGAUAAUCCUUUCUUUCAAGUUCAACUCAAGUGUUCAAAUGUCACUGAUUAUCUGCAAAUCCCACCAGCUUUUAUCAACAUGUAUGGUAAAGACAUUCGAAGCAAAACAAGCCUUGAGGCUUUCGGUAAGAGUGCACAAGUCAAAUUGGAAAAGCUUGGGAAGAGAUUCUAUUUCAGUAAUGGUUGGAGUGAGUUUGUGAAAGCUAGUAAUUUGGAGGUGGGAGACUUUUUAGUCUUCAAAUAUUUCCCAUAUCAUUCAAAAUUCAAGGUCACAGUCUAUGGCAAAACUUGCUGUGUGAAGCAUCAGUUUAAUGAUGGAGCUGGAGAUCAUCAGAGGUGUUCUGAACCAGUAAAUGGAAAAGAAGAUCAGAGAAUUAAUGUUCCAGAAGGAAGAAAAAGAAAGCUGGUUGAUGAUGAUGAUGAUGAAACCAAGGCAAUUAUUAUCCAUUCUGAUACCUCUCGUUCUGCUGAUGAUGAUGAUGAUGAACCAAGGCAAUUAUUAUCCAUUCUGAUACCUCGUUCUGAUGAUGAUGAUGACGAUGAAACUGGUAAGCUUCUUUGUUGA